ACCGCGAACCAUCAGUCCGCCAGUUCGUCUCUUUCGAAUCGCAAACCACGCGAAUCUGCACGACUACAAUACGCCAACCGCGCGAAUAUCAUACGCCAAUUGCGCGAGAAGACUUGCGUACAAUUUUGAAAACUUUUCAACACUUUUCCGGGCUUCAAGAUGAACAAAUUUUGAUCCUGACGUGUGCGUCUUUGGUGGCAGUGUGUUGUUGAUGUUGUUGUUGUUGAUUUAAAAGCGUUCCUGUGUUCGGCGCUGUUAUUCCGUGACAAAACCGCGGUGCUCUCCUGUCUGUCUGUCCGCAUUGUCCUCGGCGUAAUUGUGUUGUGUCUCGGCGUUUAUUAUCUCCCGAACUAAACAGCUCGCGACGACAAUACGACGCCGGAGUGCGUCGAGUGAGCGAGUGUCCCUGUCGCGCGACGCCUCUCGCUGUGUGUAACUGCAAACUAAUAUCGGCGGAGAGCAAGCAGCAGAGCGUCUUAAGACAAACUCGGCUGGAGAACACUUUGUUCAUAGGAUUAAUAGUCCAUAGUGUGAGAGGAGCCUUCUCUCUUCUCCUGCGUCUCGUAGUGAUUGUGAUUGGUGGUUAAGACACUAAGUGAUUUGAGAAAUAAUGUUGGAAUAGUGUGAAGCGUCUUGCCAGUCGUGUGAAUCGAAAGCAAAAGUUAAGAUGGCGUCGCUAGUGCUAUCAGUGUUGUGCGCGUGCGCGUUGCUUUGCGGCUGCGUGCAGGGGGCGCGCUGGUCACACUCGGCCAUGCUGUCGCCCGAUUACCGCCUGCUGUGGUCGCUCGGCCCCAGCCCGCAGGACAUCACGUUCGAGCUGCAGGUGCGCACGCUCGGCUAUGUCGGCUUUGGUUUCUCCAAGGACGGCCGCAUGGCCGGCGCCGACAUGAUCAUCGGAUGGGUUGACCAAGGACAAGUCUAUUUCCAAGAUCGACACGUCAAAGGUUCGUCUGGUAAUCAAAUCGAUCGAGAACCAGAGGUGGAUCCCAGCCAGGACUAUCAACUUCUCCUGGGCUACGAGAACAGCACGCAUACAGUGCUGAGGUUCCGUCGACGGUUGGAUACGUGCGACAAUCACGAUAUCGCCAUCACUAAUGAUACGAUGCGGAUUGUCUGGGCCUUCCACACUAAGGAACCUGUCGGCGGAGCGGUUGGGCCGGGGUCUUUACCUCAGCACGACGUCGAGUCACGCGGUACGCAAUCGUUGUAUCUGGUGCAACGUGCUGAUCAAGAUGCUCCCGGCCCGGAGGAGACCGCCCGUAUCUGGGAGCUGCGCAAUCCGAGCGUGGAACCUCCCACUCCGGGAGAUACGCUCUACUGGUGUCGCGUUUUCCGCCUUCCAACAUUGACCCGUAAACAUCACCUCAUCAGAUAUGAACCUCUGCAAGGUGUAGUAUCAGGUGCUGGUUGGGGUCUGCAACACCUUGUUCUCUAUGAGUGCCAGGAUAAUCCACAAGUUCAAGCUCUCGCUGAAACCACGGGUCGUCAAUGUUACAAACCCGGUUCUCAACCGCUUGGUUGUCAUACGGUAGUUGCUAGCUGGGCGCGUGGUUCGGAAGGUUUCAGUUUUCCCCCGGAGGCUGGAUAUCCUUUGGAACCUGUUGGUUCGCGUUACUAUCUUCUGGAAACUCACUACGCCGCGCCUACAGACGGAUCAAUCGGUUCUUUAGACGGUACCGGACUUCGUUUAUUCUACACCCCAGAAUUGCGUCGCCAUGACGCCGGUGUUAUUUCCAUUGGAAUGGAUCCUAACUGGCGGCACAUUAUUCCCCCGGGUCAGCAGCGCGUCGUCUCGUCGGGUCACUGCGUGAGCGAAUGCACGCGACAGGCCUUCCAGCCGGCGGGGAUCAACAUGUUCGCUGUGGUCAUGAAAACGCAUCGCAUCGGACGGCAAGUGUCCUUGAGGCACAUCCGCGGCAACGUCGAGCAGGCUCCCAUCGCUGCGGACGAUAACCUGGACGCCGACUAUCAAGAAUACAGACGAUUAGGAACGCCGGCGAAAAUCCUACCGGGUGAUCAUCUUAUCGCCGAGUGCACGUACAACAGCUCCAGUCGGGCGGCCAUCACGCUCGGUGGGCUCACCAGUCGGGAGGAAACGUGCCUCGUUAUGGGGCUGUACUACCCCAAACAAAAAGAACUCACGAGUUGUCACAGUCUCCCUAGUUUACCUACUGUGUUGCAUUCGUUGGGGAUCCAAGAGCUUACACCGGGUUCGAACCCAGUUAGAAUUGCGGCUCCACCAGAACUUGCUGGGAUGACCCUGGAGUCUCGUUUAGUGUCCUACGAUUGGGACAAUCAGUUCCAUAGCUUUCAAGAUGCCACAAUGAAAGGGUCCUUCAAACCAUUGUGUUGGACAGCAUACAGUACUCUUCUACCUGGUACGGACACUCUUGAUUCACAUUAUCCCAACAUCACACGUCCAUUCAUCAAACCCGGUGUAGACCAGUGCAACUAUCGACGAUACAGCACCGAAGGAUGGCCAGGUGGCACACCAAUUCUUGAGUUGGACAACAAUCACAUCGAGGGUGCCGCCCGCAGCAAGGUUUCACGCAGCAGCAGCCCCGCAUCAGCCGAAGAAUCGCUUGGUCUCAGCCGGUUCAACUCAGCGACGGCGUCCGCAAGCCCUGCAGCCUCCACACAUAUCCACCUGAGCAUCGCGCUCGUCACACUUCUUCUUCUGCGAUUUUACCAUCAUUGAAUAAAUAUGUGCUCGCGCGAACAGUCACAGUGCGUGUUAACAUAGUGAAAGAAUAAAGUCGCUAAGAAGAUAUCAGACUGACUAUAAACUAGAAUGCGAAUCGAAUCGAGUCAAAGUGUUGUUAAGUUAAUUGUUGGAACGUGUGGGGCCCUUGCUGUGAAGAUAAUCAAGAAACUAGGAAGAAUGAUUUCGACCGAUCAACAGUGUACAGUGUAAAAUAUUUAAUGAACGAUUGGACGGGAAACUCUUGUAAAGAGCUUUCAACGUUUAAGCAGAAAUGUGCAAACAGUGAUACGAUUUUUACUGCAAACUCUGAUGGAGAUUAAUUUAUCAUUGAUUGAGAAGAUUAAAGAUGGAAUGCAGCGGUGUGUAUAGAAAUGUAAUUUAAUAAACGUGACGGCCAAUCUUCGAAAUGCGAGUUUUGGAAUUUGUGCCGUCAUGCUAGUCCGUUUCGGCGGCCCGAACGCAACUCGGGACUACAUCGGAGACUGCCCGUUGACGUAAUAACCACGAUACUAUAAAUUAGACGAGAAAUGAUUACAGAAACAAAGAAACUAAACGUAAUAGAACCAAUAAACGCCAUUUUUCGCGCCGCCGUCUGGAGCUGUGAUGCCAGUAGAUUUAUAAGGCACUUAUUAACUAAAAUUUAGUAAAACUAUAAACUGAAGGACUUCGAAGAAUGAAGACAAAUGAAACUAUUGUAAAUUAACUUAUUCUAUUGUCACCUUAUCGAUAUUUUCCGCAGUGUAUAUUGACAUUUGUUCAUGUUUUUCGUUGUUUUCCACCCCGUGCGCGAUUGUUUAAAUGUUAAAAACCGGUUUUACUGUUGUGUAAUUAAGUACGUAUUUAACGAUAUGUAGAUGGAACCCUUUGGAAACGCAUUAAAAAAAAUACCACGCUGACAAAAACAAACAUCGUUACCUAUUAAAUCUAAAUUAAAGCGAAGCUUCAACGUUUUUCCGAAGCUAUUUUGUAAGGUUGUAAUAUCAUUAUAAACGAAAAUGUAUGAAACAAAACGCGAAAUAAAACCCUCCCCUUUGGAUAAAAUAAAAGAUGUGUGUAAUUUGUAAAUUAUACAACAACGCGGACAUGAAUUUCACAUUAACCGAGCUGUGGCGCAUUGGCGUGGCGGGAGUAGGAAAAAAACGCAGCGAAAUGAACGCGCGCGUGGAAAACGUAGAGCAAUACGAGCCGGAGUAAAAAUGAAAUGUGAAUUUCAUGUUCGUCGCGCCGCAUUGUAUAAUAAUGUAAAAUCGCUCUCCCCCCAUUUGUGUAUAAAGUAUUUAUAGGUCUCGAGACUGGUGCUAUAUAAGUUUAAAUAAUUCAUUUCCCUUUCGUGUACAAUUCGAAGCGUUUUUCCGCGCCGCGGUGGCCGGGCUUUGCUUUCAUUUAUUCAAAAACCACCGUUCGAAAUCACUGUUGGCCUCGCGUUUGUUACGUCUCUAUAAUUGCUCCCGCGUUUCUAUUAAAGCCCCCUCACAACUCUAUUUCUAUAAUAUUUCUGCGAUUCUCACUGAAUUUCCGUGUUGUUUGAAUGACUACUAUGUAUAAUGAUGCAAUUAUUUAUUUAACUAAUUGUUAGCUGAAAAAACCAAGGGAGAAUGCAACUCACACUUAUACACACGCCACAUACACUAACAAGAGAGAAGAAUAAGGGUUGGAUACGAAAGAAAAACUAAAUUAAACGAAACGUAUUGAAUGAAAUGUGCAACACGAAACAAAGAACUAUUAAAUGAGUAUAUAUAAAAUUGAAUAUAAAAUCUUGUACAGUGUAGAUAUCUCUUGUGUAAUAUAUUUUAUAAAAUAAAUAUCGGUAAACAUCUAGACAACAUUUAAA